UAUAUUAUACACCAGUUCCCUUUUAAUCCGGGACGUGCGGACGCCUGAUGCUACUCGCCAGUUGAUACGGAUAGGCCAAUAAUUGACAAAGGUACGGCAACAGAGAAUUCUGUACGUUUUCACGAAAAGGCAAGCAAUUUAUACAUUUUAAUAUCGACUAUGUCCAUUCUUCUUUGCCGGACACGAUUCACCGGAACACGAGUGAUAGGAUUGGUUGGCCGGUACUAUCACAACUCAAAAAAUGUCGACACCGAAUUUUCAGCAGCUGCAAGCUUGCUAAAGAACGAAGAUCCUUUUCCCGGUGAUAUUAAUUUCGAUGACUACAGAAAGGCCUUCCGAUCUAUGUCAAAAUGGGAGCUAGCACGUUCGAUCGUUAUUCUCAAACUAUGUGCCAACAACAGAGUGGUGGACAGCAGUCUAUCGUUAAUGACUACAGGCCGGAAGUUACUUGGUGGCACUCUGUUCGACAAAAUAGCCAGGGGGACGGUAUAUGGUCAGUUUGUUGGUGGGGACACUCCAGAAUCUCUCCAGAAGACAGUAGCACGCCUGCGCGAUACCGGAAUAGGCCCUUUGGUGGCUGUUUCCAUGGAGGAAGAUACUACGGAUAACGUAAUAGAAGCUGACCGGAAGUACGAUCGAAAUUUAAAAGCUACCCUGGAUUGCUUACACGUCAUGUCCGGUCUUGAGGAUCCUCAUCCAAUGAUGCAAGUGAAGAUUACCGCCCUUCUCCCAGCUAAACUUUGCGAGGCGAUAUCAACGCACGUGCCCCACCCAUCACAGGCAGGUCACGUGGUAGAGAAUAUAGCCAAUGGGAUCUUAAACGAAAAUAAUAAGAUAUCUAUGGAAUUUCUGACUGAAGAACAAAUGGCUGAACUACACAGGGGCUUGUCACGACUGAAGCAGUUAUGUGAGGCUGCCGUAGAUAAAGGUGUUAUUGUUAUGGUGGACGCUGAAUACACCUACCUUAACCCUGCCCUAAACCUCCUAUCUCUGGCGAUGAUGUUGGUCUGUAACGGACAAAAGACAUUGGUGUAUUACACCUAUCAAAAUUACCUCAAGGGGAUGGAUGACUAUAUGAAGACCGACCUGUCCUAUAUACACAGCCACGGGGUCGGGUUUGGUACUAAACUUGUCCGUGGUGCUUACAUUGACAAGGAGAGACGUCUCGCCCGGGAGUUAGGAUACCCCGACCCUACCAACCCCUCCCACGUGGCUACUUCAGACACUUACCACAAGUCAAUGUAUAUCAUGCUUGACAAUAUCGCCGCGGACCCGCGAAAAUCGUCCGCCAUUAUCGCCAGUCACAACGAGGCUACCGUAUCUAAAGCUGUCAAAAGGAUUAGAGACCUACAGAUUAAUCCUCAAUGUGGAUCAGUUUUCUUUGGACAACUAUUUGGAAUGUGUGAACAUGUAACAUUCACGCUAAGUGAGAUGGAGAUGCCAGUUUACAAGUCCAUACCAUACGGAUCUGUUCAGGAUACUCUCGCCUACCUGUCCCGGAGAGCCAUGGAGAACCGAUCUGUACUGGAGAGGGUCCAAAGGGAGAAAACUCUCAUGUGGAAAGCUCUGAAGGAACGCUAGAUAAAAAUGACCAUGCUAUCAUAUUGUAGUACAUUGAUGCGAUAACGCUAUUGUGACGUCUUUGGUAAUAGAGUCGCACCCAUUAUACCAAGUAGGGGCCCAAUUAAAUUAGACACGGGGUUUCCAUAUAUCACCCAGUUCUACAAUAUAGCUACAUGUAUAUACGAUACCAUAAAAUCGACGACUUCUCCGUUUAACCACUAUUAAUAUAUUCAUUGAAAAACAUCAUACCUGAAUAGUUCUGUCAGGUAUAUUUUAGUCCCCCCACCUAGUUUUAACAUUCUUUUAUUUCGAAUAAGUGCGAAGUGUCACAAGCCGCCAUUGUGGAUCCGAGUGUACACGAUUCAGUUCCAUAGCGUGUACUUUCUAUUACGAGUACAUCAGAUUCGUGACUGCACAAUUGGUAUGGACCCGACACAGGAUAUCCGAGUCCAAAUUCUCAUAUCUAACAGGGAAAAUAUAUACCUUAAUAACUGAAUUGUUGACAGGAAGACACUGAAGAAGUUGAAAUCAGGGACACGACUCUUUAGUAUCAGCCGCAUACCGCGAUCUGUUCUCACAUUAUAAUCUCGCAGGUAAAUAGUAUAAUAAAUGUCACAAAUUCAAUUUUCCUAUUGCUAAUUUCUCCAUUCAAGAUAGUGUCAUCCCAGCUUCUAAACCAACGAUGUUUUUAUAUCAGAGUUUAUUCAAUGACUUGUUCUCAAUAUCAUGGUUUCCGUUACAUAACAGUUGGUGACGGAAAAAUAAAAGAUUUUCGAAAGUUGGAAAAACCCAUGGAAAGGCUUCAUGGUUGACAUAAUAUAUCUCAAUGAGAAAGUUUCUAUUUCUGUAUGACAUAACUAGAAAUUGACCUAGUUUUCAUAGCCGGUGUUGUAGAUAACACGGCAGACGGUCACUGUUUAGAAACACCUGGUCUCAUUUCCAUUUUACUUAUUCAAGCGUCUCCAUAUGAUUAUCUAAUUGCACAAAAUGAAUCUCAUAACCACUUAGGGCUUACCUUUAAUAGUAAAGGAACAUAGGCGGACCAUAUUUCUAAUGUGUAUCAAAAAGCUAACUCUAGGUUAAGUUUACUUCGUGUAUUAAAAAAAAUAGUUGAUAGGAAAACCUUGAAAACUUUAUAUACUUCAUACAUAAGACCAAUAUUAGAAUAUGCUGAUGUAGUUUGGGACAUUUGCACUCAAGCCGAAUCUGAUCUUCUUGAAUAUAUUCAACUGGAAUCGAAGCCAUGCGUAUAACAGGACUCAGAAGAGGUACUUCCCACCAUAUCUUAUAUAAUGAAACUCAACUAGAACCUUUAAGUAAAAGAAGAAAGAAUCAUAAACUUGUAUUAAUGUUCAAAAUUAUUAAUAACCAUACUCCAUUGUAUCUCUCUAAUAUUAUACAACCAUAUUUAAAUGUAAACAAUAUAUACACUUUUAGAAAUAACAGAGUAUUUAAUAUACCACAGUCACGAACUAAUAGUUACAUGAAAAGGUUUUUUCCUUCAACUAUGACUAUGUCGAAUUCACUUGAUAUUUCCAUUAGAGACUCUAUUUCAAUUUCUUCUUUUAAAUGUAAGUUAAAAACUACUAAUGAUAUAACCAUUUCUGAACUUUUCAUUAAUUCUGCUCCCAGACAACUUAACAUAAUUUUAUGCCAGCUUAGAAAGUUUAAAAGUGACCUUAAUUAUGAUAAACAUUUUGAUCACCUGAUUGAUAACCCAUCCUGUGUAUGUGGUGCUCCUAGUGAAGAUUUAGUGCAUUUUUUCUUUCAAUGUCCCAUGUAUUCCAAUUCUAGGCACCAUAUUCUAUCCAUCUACAACUUGUUAGGUUAUAUAAAUCUUCAAUGCCUAGUGUGUGGCAUCCUUAAUGCUCCUGAUCAUUUAAAUAUCUCUAUUCUAUAUCACGUAAACUUAUAUAUUAAAUCCUCAAAACGUUUUUCUGUGUAUAAAUAAGAAACUAUAUGUAAUACUGUCUUUAGUAGUAAUACAAUUAUAUACAUUUACUCAACUAUUAUAGCAAGUUUGUUAUGUUAAAUACUCAUCCUUAUAACAUUCUAGUAUGAAAGUAUGAAUGAAUGUGUGUGAGUGAGUUAUUGUUGUUUAUUACAUUACAUAUAACUUUUCAUUUUAGGCUUGGUGGAAAUAUGUUGUGUCUUCACUUUAUCAAAUAAUAGUUUUGUUUUCUAACUAAGUAAUUUUGAAUAGUAGUUAUCUCUAUACUUAUAACACCUAUUCUAUUUCAUUUCAUGAUGAACAUAUAAUUCCUUACAUUAAUCCCUUUUGAAUUAGAUACUAUACAUGUAAUGAUAUAUAAUUUCUGUAGAAAUAAUAAAGUGAAACAUAUCAUCUUUCUACCAAGCCUAACCGGAAGUAAUAGAAGAAGACUGAUAUAGGCAUUGCGCCUGUUGUCUUAUUCUUUUGACAAUACUUUGUAUUUAUUUAUAUUUGUAUUGUUAAUAAAAUAUUUCUGAAAUGAAA